AUGGAGUAUCUAGUCCGACUGGCCCAGUGCCAUGAGACAUUUCGACAACCGGAGCUCCAGGCUGUGGCUACACUGCUCGGCAUUGACAUGGAGAUUAUUGCCUACAACGAAUUUACGCCAUUCUGUGUGGUAAAAUUGAAAGACGAAGAAGCUGCGCGUGCGUUGAUCUCACGUAGUAUCCUGGCCAAAGACAUCCUAGAGCUCUGGGGAAAGGGUACUACUUAUGAAGAGUUACAUGCCGACGUCCAUCAGCGAACGAAGCACCGAUGGGCAGACUACCACAAAGUUACGUACGCCCUUGCUGUCGAUUGCUUCGCGGGCAAGCGGAGUACAGCCAAGAAAACGGAAAUCUUCGAAUCCUUCGGCUACUUGAAUCUUAGAGGCGAGGUGCGACUGAAGAACCCCGAAGAGCAAUUCCGGGUCAUUGAAGACUACGUGACGGACGUCGAGGAGAAUGCCAUCGGCACCCAGAGAUCAUCCGAGCCACGGAUGAUUUACCUGGGACGCUGGCUUGCGAAGAGUGAUCGCGACAUUAUCCUGACUCACACUCUUAAGAAGCGUAAGUACAUCAGUACUACGUCUAUGGACGCAGAGUUAGCACUGGUGACGGCCAAUAUGGCUCUUGCGGCCCCCGGAAAGGUCUUCUUCGAUCCUUUUGUUGGAGCCGGAAGCUUUCUGGUGGCGGCAUCGCACUUUGGAGCUUUGACUAUGGGCUCUGAUAUUGACCCUAGAGCGUUCCGUGGCAAGGAACACGAGCGUAAGAACGGGAUGGCAAUGCUGCAGAACUUCAAGCAAUAUAACAUUGUGAGCCAGUUCCUAGAUGCAUUCACCUCCGAUGUCACGAAUACACCUUUACGAGACACUGCGUUGCUGGAUGGUAUCAUCUGCGAUCCUCCGUACGGUGUUCGUGAGGGUCUUCGAGUUCUGGGAACUCGUGAUGGAAAGGUUAUCGAGCCGGUCAUUAUUGACGGGGUCCCUGCUCACUACCGGAAGGGUUAUAUCCCACCGAAACGACCAUACGGAUUCGAAGCCCUGCAAAGGGAUAUCCUUGAGUUUGCAGUUCUCAGACUCGUUCCCAAUGGACGGUUGGCUAUGUGGAUGCCCACAGCUAGCGACGAGGCUGUUGAAUUCCCGGUGCCUAUGCAUCCAAAUCUGGAAGUCAUUAGUGUUUGUGUUCAGCCCUUCACUAACUGGUCUCGCCGGUUGAUGAUUUACCGUCGCUUGCCGGAAGGAGAGACUUCCGACGUCACACUUGGAAGAAGCAAGACGGAUGGUGAGGGCGUAUCUGCUGAUGACCUCAAUGCAUUCCGGGUGAAGUACAACAAUCGAAACGCCUCUAGAGCAGAGGAGAAAUAA